AAGCCAUGUGGCUGCUAGCCAGCAAACAGCUGACCAAGUUCUCCCAACUUCCAAGAGUUUCUCUGUUGAGCCAAGGAAUCCAGAAUGUGAGGCAAGGAUUCCGAAGAAACUUUGGAAUAUCGGUGAAAGAUGUCGACGACAAAUCCAGAAAACGCAUCGGAUGGUGGCUUAUGGGAUGUGCUGGAAUGUGCUACGGUGCUGUGGCGCUUGGAGGAGUCACCAGAUUAACCGAAUCAGGACUGAGCAUGGUGAACUGGGAUCUGUUCAGAACGAUGAAACCGCCAUUCGGACAGAAGCAAUGGGAAGAGGAAUUUGAGAAAUAUAAAGCUUAUCCAGAAUAUAAAUACAAAUCCUCAAGCGAAGAGAUGACACUAAACGAGUUCAAAUUCAUUUGGUCAAUGGAAUAUGGCCAUCGAAUGUGGGGACGCGCCAUCGGUAUCGUUUUCCUGAUCCCGUGCGCCUAUUUCUGGGCUCGUGGCCGAUUCGCACCGGAUAUGAAGCGACGAAUGGCACUGGCCACCACACUUUUGCUGGCUCAGGGAGGCAUCGGAUGGUGGAUGGUCAAGUCGGGGCUUGAUCCAUCGAAGAAUUCAUCGGAUGUUCCGAGAGUAUCACAGUAUCGGCUGGCUACCCAUUUGACGAUGGCUUUUGUGCUCUAUUCGAUUUUCUUCUGGAAUGGACUUUCUCAUUUAGUGAAGCCACAUGAUCUCUCAAAGGUGCGUUCUAAACUCGGAGCCCUUCGUGGAAUGACUCAUGGAUCCAAGUUAAUGGUAUUCUCUACUGCAAUUAUGGGUGCUUUCGUCGCCGGACUUGACGCUGGUCUUGUCUAUAAUUCAUGGCCUAAAUUCGCCGAAAAUUGGAUUCCCGAGAACAUGUUGUCGCGUUCACCGACAUGGAAGAACUUUUUCGAAAAUGAUGUUACCGUGCAGUUUGUGCACCGAAAUUUGGCAUAUUUGACCGUGAUUAGUGUACUUUCAACGUUUUUGAUUGGUCGACGGGCGCCGAUUCCGAAGAGGACACGGAUGGCACUUAAUCUGACAGUUGCAGCAGUGUUUGGACAGGCGGCUCUUGGAGUUUUCACACUUAUCAACUACGUCCCUGUUUGGCUCGCAGCAUGCCAUCAAUCCGGCUCAAUGGCUCUUCUCUCCUCAGUUCUUUGGUUAAGUCAUGAACUUCGCCGACUUCCGAAAUAAUAUCAAAACAAUUAUUCUUAAUUUAUAUACAUAGAAUCAUUCUUCUAAUUUCGUCAUUAUUGUUAGUUUAGUUCACAUAGAGACACUUUCCAGUUUUUCUUUGUUAUUAUUUGGUUGUUAAUGUUACAGCAUAAACGAGAUUUUCUUCUUCU